UAGAAGCCUGAUGUUGGGUUGGGUAUGGGUGGCUUCUUUAUAUAUUCCGUGGGAUGUUUUCAGGGCGGAUACUUUUCGUCCUGAGAACUUUGUCUAUAUUUGUCGUGUAAAGCUUCGAAAUUAGACUGCUGGUAUCUGGCUGGGCGCUGUCGAUUUCUUCAUCAAGUCCCUCAUAUAUCUUUAUCGAGCCCUACACAUCCCCAACGACGACGCGGCUCAACAUCUACCCAUCAUGGCAACCCAAGACAAGUCCACUAGAUCCUUCCACCAUGACCUCCCCCCAGAGAAAGCCCAAAUCAUCGACGUCGAAGAAAUCGUCGUGACCCGCAUCACGGAAGAAGACCUAAUGCGUGUCUCCCGCUCCUCCAUGACCUUCUUCUCUCGCGCCGGCUUCCGCCUCUGUCUCAUCAUGUUCGUGCAAGGCUGCAACCAAGCGGGAUACGGCGUAGACUGGGCCGUGAUCGGUAACAUCAACGCCUUCAAGUCCUGGCACGCCUACUUUGGCUUCGGCACCAGCGGCAGCACAUACGGAACCAUUAACGCGCUCAUGCGAAUCGGGACGGUCUGUGGCGCGCCGUUUCUCGCACUUGCGGACAUCAUCGGUCGACGUGGAAUUAAUUUUCUAGGGAACUUUAUUGUGCUGGUUGCUGCGCUGUUGCAGGGGCUUGCGGUUAAUUUGCCAAUGUUCAUGGCAGGGCGUUUUUUUCUAGGGUUUGGGAGUGCGUUGAUGUCGAGUCCGCAGUAUAUGGCCGAAGUGGCGCCUGUCCAUAUGCGUGGAAGGCUUGUUGGGAUCUUUGGCGCGUGUUUCCAGAUUGGGAGUGUUGCGAUGAAUGCGGCUAUGAUUGGGUUCUCGACGAUGGGGAACGAUUGGGCGUGGCGAAUCCCUUUGAUCCUCGAAGCAGUGUUUCCGUUUAUCGUCUGCUCGACGAUAUACUUCCUCACACCGGAAUCGCCGCGUUACUUGGUCCUCCGUGGCAAGAAUGAAGAGGCGAAGAAAGUCAUCGCAGAGUAUCAAACGACGUCCGGCUCGACGGACGAACCCAUUGUCGGCCUCAUUAUGGCACAAAUCGAAGAAUCCCUGGAAACAUCUCGCACGGGCUUCCGACAAUCCUGGAACUUCGCAGUCUUCUUCACCAAAGUCGUACGCUAUCGCUUGCUCGUCCUGAUCUUGUAUUCGUGCUUCCAGUCCUGGAACGGCGGCGGCAUUGUGUCGUACUACCUUACCCCCGCGCUCGAGACGGUUGGCGUCACCAAGGCAAUCGACCAGCUUGGAAUCUCGCUCGGCCUGACGGCUGUAUAUUUCGUUUUCACGGCGGUUGGCGCUUGGUUCGUCGACAUGUUCAAGCGUCGUACGCUUAUCUUCGCGGGACUCGUCGCAGUGAUUGCAAUGCAAACUGCCGCCACGAUAACGUCCUGGCAGUACAGCGAAACCGGCAGUAAGGCCACAUCGGCAUUGACUAUAAUGUGGAUGUUCAUGUUCCAAGUCUUCUCCGCGCUCUUCAUCGCCACCAUGCAUAACCUCUACCCUGUGGAGAUCCUCUCCCUGCCAUUGAGGGCUAAGGGUAUGGGAUUGUAUGGCUUGAUUCAGGGCGCUGCCGGGACAGUCGAGGCGUAUGGUAUUUCCGUCGGCAUCAGCAAGAUUGGUUACAAGAUCUGGUGUGUGUAUAUUGUGUAUAAUGUGCUGCAGCUGAUCGCGUCGUAUUUUAUUUUCCCAGAGACGAGUAAGCUCAGCUUGGAGGAAAUCGAUGCAGUGUUUGAGACUCCGGGGGUGCAUCCAGUGAAGAUGAGUAAGUCGAUUCAGAGAGCGAAGAAGGAGAGGGCGCGGCUGUUGGAUGAGGAGGAACACGAGGACUAAGGGUCCUGGAAGAAAGUUCCUGGAAGUGCGAAGCGGUAGGGGAGUGUUGGUUGAGCGCUGGGUGCUCUAUAGCUUUCGAAUGACUGUAUUGUUUCCAAAUAAGCAAGUAUUCGGCGGAAGUGUAUUUCAAAAUUUCGCC